AUGGGUACUCAGGUAGGGGGAAAUAGUAUUCACUCUCCUGUUUCUAAGUAUCAAGAUAUAAAUCAUUUCAAUGUGCCUGUAACUAGUUACAAUGGGGUACAAUCUAGACAUUUUGAAGAGUCAACUGAAAGGAAGAGGGAAGAAAAAAGUGUGGCAUAUCAGGCCACAAUGCCACCUUCAUGGCAGAGUAUUACAGCUACUGGUUCUACAGUUGCUGAUUAUUUAUCUCACUUACCUGCUUCAACAUUACCAUUAUCAUUGCAUCAUUUCCUUAAGUAUUCAGCAGAGAAUAUUAAAAAAGAUACAGAACAAGAGCCUCACCAAGCACCUGUACUACCAGCUCAGCCAGAUCUGAAGAAAAAAUUAAUCAAGAAAAAGAAACUGCCUAAAGACAAAAAACCUAAGCCUAAACCUGGAGAUAUAAGAUUGACUACUGCUUUAGAUGGCUCGACUUUAUAUUGUUGUCCAGAGUGUCACAUGGCUUAUCCUGACAAAGGUCUUCUCGAACAGCAUCUUCUUGGACAUACCAUGGAAAGAAGAUUUUUCUGUGAUGUAUGUGGUGCUGGUCUGAAAAGAAAAGAUCACCUUACUCGUCACAAACAAUCUCAUAAUCCUGAUCGUCCAUUUAUAUGCACAGUAUGUAUGAAAGCAUUUAAGCGAAAAGAACAAUUAACUCUACAUUUUGUAAUACAUUCAGGUGAAAAAAGACAUGUAUGUCCUGAAUGUGGCAAAGGUUUCUACCGUAAAGACCAUUUAAGGAAGCAUACUAGAAGUCAUAUUGCUAGAAGAGUGAAGACGGAAAUUAAUCAAAGCACACCAAAUUCAGUCCAAGAAGCUAUAUCCUGA